AUGAUUUCAAUGCAAAUAGCUUUGUGUAUUCUUCUACUCAAUAUAUUUUUCGGAUUUUCUAAAACCGAUGAUACUUGCUUAGGAGAGCAACGCUUUGAAUCCUUUACGAAAAUUGGCCACUACUACUAUUAUAUAGAACAAACAAAUGUGGUUAAUUGGCAUAAAGCAGUUGAUACAUGUCGCAGAAUGGGUGCGAAUUUAGCUACAAUAAGAUAUGACGACCAAAUAAAUUCAUUAUCAAAUUAUUUGCUGUGUAAAGAAUACGGAAAUUUUUAUUGGAUCGCUGGUAAUGAUUUAGCUAAACACGGAAAUUUCUAUUGGAUUAGUAAUGGUAGAAGAAUGACAUAUGCUAAAUGGAGUGCUGGUGAACCGAAUAAUUUUAUGGGUAAUGAACAUUGCGUUCAUUUAAUGAUAAGAAAUAGUGAAUAUGGUAUGAAUAACAAUGAAUGUACAAAUCUUGCACACUUUAUAUGUCAAGCCCCUGAACCUUAA